AUGCAAAUUCUUCGCCACAUUGCCCUCCUUCUCUCCCUUUCCUUCCUGUCAUUGCUCAAUGUGAAUUAUGCAGCAGGUGGCAGUAGUGAUUCAGGAAACGGUGAGAGCCCAUUCACGGCCAAGGCAUCUCUAAUUCGGUACUGGAACAAGGAGAUCCGCACGGUUUUACCAAAAUCUGCUUUUCUCCUUUCCAAAGCCUCACCAUUGAGCCCCGUCGAUUUGGCAACAUUUGCUAAACUCGCCUCACAAAAUGCUCUCUCCACUCAACUUCCAGCUUUUUGUUCCUCUGCCAAACUCUUCUGCUUUCCCGAUUUGUCUCCCAGUCUUGAAAAGCAUGACCAAGACUCUCAUUUCGCCAUCUAUAACAACAGAAACUUCACCAAUUACGGCACUGGUCGAGCCGGUGGAGCCGACUCUUUCAAGAACUAUUCAGAUGGUGAGAAUAUCCCGGUCGACUCAUUCCGACGGUACGGCCGGGACGCCGCCGGUCACGACGAGACAUUUUCCAAUUAUGCCCCUGACUCCAACGUUGCCGACCAGAGCUUUAACACCUACGGCGCAGGUGCUACCGGCGGCACUGGAGAGUUCAAGGGGUACAAUGUGGAGAUAAACAACCCAAAUCUCCGGUUUACGUCCUAUUCUGAUGAUGCUAAUGCGAAGGGCCAGAAGUUCUCAACUUAUACAGAAAAUGCUAAUGCUGGACCCGGCCAAGCUUUCACCAGUUAUGGGAAGAAUGGGAAUGGAGUCCCGAAUGAGUUCUCAGGUUAUGGCACGAGUUCGAAUGUGGUUGGUGCAGAUUUCUCCAACUAUGGUGAGACUGGCAAUGGGGCUAAUGAUACUUUCAAGUCUUACGGAUUUGAUGGGAAUGUCCCACAGAAUAAUUUCAAAAACUAUGGCGAUGGUGGGAAUGCUGGUGCUGAUAGCUUCGCCACGUACAGAGAAAAAUCAAAUGUUGGGGACGAUUCCUUUCAAUCUUAUGCCAAGAAUUCGAAUGCACAGAAAGCCAAUUUCGCCAAUUAUGGCAAAUCCUUCAAUGAAGGGACUGAUAAGUUCACUGGGUAUGGAAAAGGGGCAGCGGGGCAGCAGAUUGGGUUCAAGAUCUAUGGCGUAAACACCACUUUCAAAGAAUAUGCCAAUAAGAAGGAUAUCACUUUUGCUAGGUACGCUAAUGCAAACGCUGCUGAUGCUCCAAUGAAAGCAACCGGUGAAAGUUUGGUGAAUCACAAUAAGUGGGUAGAGCCCGGAAAAUUCUUCCGGGAGUCCAUGUUGAAGAAGGGAAGUGUGAUGCCAAUGCCGGACAUUCGAGACAAAAUGCCCAAAAGAUCCUUUCUUCCCCGCUCCAUCAUCUCCAAACUACCGUUCUCCACUUCCCAAAUGGAUCAGAUCAAAGAGAUUUUCCAUGCCAGUGAUAAUUCAAGCAUGGAGCGCAUCAUUUUGGAUGCUCUGGAAGAGUGUGAGAGAGCACCCAGCCCAGGCGAGAACAAGCGUUGUGUAGGCUCGGCUGAGGACUUGAUCGAUUUUGCAGCCUCUAUAUUAGGCCGCAACUUGGCUGUCCGCACGACAGAUAACGUAAAUGGGUCGAAGAAAAACGUCAUGAUUGGAUCGAUCCAAGGGAUCAACGGUGGGAGAGUGACCAAGUCCGUCUCUUGUCACCAGAGCCUCUAUCCUUACCUGCUCUAUUACUGCCACUCAGUUCCUAAAGUUCGGGUGUACGAAGCGGAUCUUUUGGAUCCAAAUAGCAAGGCCAAGAUCAAUCAUGGUGUUGCCAUUUGUCAUUUGGACACAUCCUCAUGGAGUCCCACCCAUGGUGCUUUCUUGGCUCUGGGUUCAGGUCCGGGUCAAAUUGAGGUUUGUCACUGGAUUUUUGAGAAUGAUAUGACUUGGACUAUUGCUGAAGCGUAA